AUGUCCAGUCCAACAUCUAGAAAUUCCAGAUAUCACAGUGGGAGCAGAGUUUCAAAAGCAAGCAGAAGCUCAGGAAGAGGUCGAAUUUUGGAGACAUCCAACUUAAGAGUUUACCGUUUUGCCGAGUUGAAGGAUGCUACUCAGAAUUUCAGGCAAGGUGAGUUUGGUUGUGGAGGCUUUGGGAGUAUGUACAAGGGUUGGAUGGAUGAAAAGACGCUUGCACCUUCUAAGGUUGGCACUGGAAUCGCCGUUGCUGUCAAGACAUUUUACUCAGAAAGUAUCGAAAGCAUUAAACAGUGGCAGCUGGAGCUGAACUUCCUAGGAAGGGUUUCUCAUCCGAACCUUGUCAAGCUAUUGGGAUACUGUUGUGAGAAAAAGGAGAUGUUCUUAAUUUAUGAAUUCAUUCCGAAUGGAAGCUUACAUAGUCAUCUUUUUAACAGCAUUUCUGUCGAGGAACCACUUUCUUGGGACAUCAGACUCAAAAUAGCUAUUGGAGCUGCUCGGGGAUUAAAUUUCUUGCACAGUAUACAAAUCACACACAGAGAUGUCAAACCCUCAAAUAUAUUGCUUGAUGAGGAUUACAAUACAAAACUAUCAGAUUUUUCCUUGGCAAAAUGGGGGUCAGCUGAUGGAGAGUUAGAUGUGUCUACAGGGGUUUGUGGCACAAUAGGAUAUAUCGAUCCAGAAUACCUGAGAACAGGUCAUGCGUGUGUGAAGAGCGACGUGUAUAGCUUCGGUGUUUUGCUGCUUGAGAUUCUGACAGGAUUAAAGUCCUUCGAUUUAAGCCGAUCUGAGGAAGAAUUUAGUCUGGCUAGGUGGGCUAUACCACUUUUGUGUGAUGAAACAAAGUUGCAAACCAUCAUGGAUGAGCAGAUUAAGGGCCAAUAUUCCUCCCAGGAAGCAUUGCAGAGUGCACAGCUUGCUCUAAAAUGUUUAGAAACAGAUCCUGAAAGCCGACCUUCCAUGAAAGAAGUUGUGGAGCAAUUGGAAAACAUUCAGGCAUUGAAGGGAAAACCAGACCAGUCCGAGCUUACUACUAUGCAGUAUUCUUCUAAUUCUUAAUGAUGAUCCUUUCUUUUCUUUUUUCUUCUGUAAUUCUUAAUGAUAUGUCAAGCAGCCUAUUCACUGUUUCUCACUUCAAAAUGUCCUGGCAGUGAAUGAACUUAAUCAUCUUAUACACCUCACAAGAGGAAAGUCCUAAAACUGGAUCCUACUGAUCUUAUGUAUUAGACAUUGAAUUUAGAUGCAUAAACAAUUAUCUUCAUCAUGUAUCCUUUUUAAUUC